UGAAAUUUAGCUUCUCUUCCAUGAAUUUUCUUUCGCCGCCGGCCCCACAAAAAAUCGUGGGUCCUCGUCGUCGAGAUAAAAAAAAGGACAGAGAGAAAAGAAAAAGAAGGUUCUUCUGCCAUGGAUGGCUACACUAAAAUUCACAGCUCCAACAAAAAUGGCAGUCGUCUUCUUCUUCAACGCAAAAAUCCAAAUCCAAAUCGGCAGCUGCUUCUGAAAACUAAAAGCUUCUCCCACUCAUUCCGCCAUUAAAGCACCUGAACCCACCGGAGCCAUGAACGGCGAGCUGCAGAAUUCCGAGAUCCAUCCCGCCGCCGAACCCACAACCAGAAUCUUCAAAUGGGUUUCGGAAACCGUCGACAGAUCCGCCGUGCACGGCGUCGAAAACGAACUCCUAGUUCUGCAGAAAAUGCUGGGGAAAAGACACGGCGGCAACGGCUUCAAGGCCAUCGGAAUCGUCGGAGUCGGAGGGAUUGGGAAAUCGACGAUUUCCAAAGCGCUUCUCCAAAUCCCAGAAGUGCAAUCAAAAUUUCUCCCAAGGAUUUGGGUUUCCAUGUCGAAAAAUUCCACCGGAGAUCCCAAAAUCGCUCUGUUGAACAGAAUCCUAAUUUCUCUCGGCGAGAACUCAAAUUUUCUCGCCGGCMAAACACUCGCCGGCCUCCUCCACGCCCUCCGCCUGCAGCUGAGGGGAAAACGCUAUCUGAUUGUGCUGGACGACACAAAAGAACAGCAAACUGAAGAACAGCAAAAAUGGUAUUCAGAUCUGAAUUCUUGUUCCGAGGAAAUUGGGGAGAAAUUGAGAGAUGGGUUUCCGAAAGGGGAUGGAGGGGCUGUGAUCGUGACGAGCAGGAGCCACAGGACGGCAAAAUUGAUGGUGGGGGAGCAAAAUCUUCGCUGUUUGAAUGCCCAGAAAGACCCAGAAAGUUUCUGGGAAAUUUUCUGGCAAGAAGUCGGGAAAAAUGGAGGCUCCAUCCAAAAUCCUUCGAAUCUGAAGCAACUGAAAGUGGAAUUGUUAAAGAAAUGUGGUGGCCUCCCAUUGACUGCCAAGAUGAUGGGGCAGAUUAAGCUCCAGCAAGAAAAUUAGAAAUUAAAAAGUUUGAUUUUUUUUUCYUUUUUUAUCAUAUUGCAAUAAUUGUAUGGGUUUCUAUAUUUUGGGAAGUUUUGAGGAUGAAAUUCUUGGCAUUAGAAAAAUAGAAGGUGAUGAUUGAUAUAAAAUUAGUUAUAUUAUACCUUAUAAGUGGGUCUUUUUGAGUUGGGUUUAUUAAAUAAAUUUCGAACUAAA